ACAAACUUCAAGAACCGCAAAUCUUAGCUACUUUACCAAUAUGAAGACUUUCUGGAUUUUGGCUCCUCUUGCCGGUGCCGUUGCCGCCCAGCAGAAGACAUUCUGUGAGCAGUACGGCACCUACAGCAGCGGAGCCUACACUGUCAACAACAACCUCUGGGGCGAAGGCUCCGGGUCCGGGUCCCAGUGCACCACCGUCAACUCGGCCUCGAGCAAUGGGAUCUCGUGGUCUACAAAUUGGAACUGGUCCGGCGGUGAAAACUCGGUCAAAAGCUACGCCAACUCUGGUAUCAGCUUCGACAAAAAACUCGUCAGUCAGGUCGCCAAAAUCCCGACUUCCGCCCAGUGGAGCUACAGCAACAGCAACAUCCGGGCGGACGUGUCCUAUGAUCUCUUUACCGCCGCGGAUGUUAACCAUGUCACCUAUAGUGGCGACUACGAGCUCAUGAUCUGGCUUGCCCGCUACGGUGGCGUUCAGCCCAUCGGGUCCAAGAUUGCCACUGCCACGGUUGAUGGGAAGAGCUGGGAGCUGUGGUACGGGGCCAACGGCCCGCAGAAGACGUACAGCUUUGUGGCAUCCACCCCUAUCACGUCGUACAGCGCAGACAUCAACGAGUUCUUCAAAUACCUGACGCAGAACAAUGGAUUCCCAGCGUCGAGCCAGUAUCUCAUCAAUCUCCAAUUCGGCACUGAGCCUUUUACCGGUGGACCCGCGGAACUCACUGUGUCGAGCUGGUCUGCGAGCGUGCAGUAUUAGGCUGCUCUUGGCAGGCUACGAGGGAUUCCCGGGGGCCUAUUACACUCAUCCAUUUGUGGAUGUGGAAGACCACCUUUUGAGAGCCCCCUUCCAAGAAGAUUGCUACCUUGUCCCCCCGCUUGAGAAUCUCAUAUGCCUAAGUAACUAAAGUCAGACGCCUGUCCUCGCUUCGGUCAGGGGUCGGAGAAGGAGAGGGGGAUGAUUGUAACCUAGCUUUAUUAGUGUAUAUUGUGCAUAGUCAAUCUCAGAAGCCACACAUACGGGUUGCAACGUCAUUUGAGUCUUGAAACCCACAUCAACUUCCUCGACGAAACACCCA